AUGGAACUGCAGCCUCAGAAAAGUUUCGUCGCCGUUCUGUUUACCGGUGUAUCGGUGUCCUUAUGGAUAUGGUGGCGAAGGCGAUGUUUGCGCCGGCCACCUGGCGGUAUUUGGUCCUUGCCAGUGCUUGGCGAGACUCUGAGCUAUGUGCGAGAUCCGCUUGGCUUCAUGGAGGCCAAGCUUUCGAAAUAUGGGGGCACUUGCAGAUCACACUUGCUGUUUGCUCCUACUGUAAUUUUGGCGGUCACAGAUGAGAAUGCCAAGCUCAUUCUUUCCGAAAAGGAUUUAGCAUGGCCUGCAUAUUUCCAGAAACUGGUUGGCCCUACCUCCUUGCCUAUGGUGAAUGAUCCCCUGCACAAGAGGAUUCGGACCUUGAACUCCCGGGCUUUCGGGGACAGGCAGUUGGAUUCCUACUUGCCCUGUCUUCAAAGGCUGUCCUCGAAACACUUGCAGCUCUGGGCUGAAGAUGUAGACCAGGUGGCCAAGGAUCUACACAUGGAAGUCAAAAAGUAUGCCUUCGAGUGUGGAGAAGCUGUGAUUCUGGGAGUGGAGAACGACCCGCUCAAAACGGCACGUCUCAUGCAGCUGUACGAGGAGGUGUUCAAAGGUCUUGGGUAUAUUUUACCUGUGGACCUCCCGGGCUUUCCAUUCCACAAGUGCAUGAGGUCACGGAAGCUGCUGGUGCAGGAGUUCCAAACCCUGAUUGAAAAGAAACGCAAAAAGCUGAAAGAUCCAUGUCGAAUGUUCCAGGUCAACACGAUGCUGGAUACAAUGUUGCAGCUUGAUUCACCAGCAAUUGUUGCAAUGCAGCAAGAUCUUUCUAGGCAGGCCGAGGGAAUGAACAGCGAGGAGGAGCUCUCGGAUUUCUGUGUUGCGAUGAUGUUUGCCGGGCAUGACACCACACUCUGCUCCAUCCAGAGCUGCCUGCAUUGGCUGAAGGCAUGCCCCGAAGUGGAGACGGUGUUGCGCCAGGAAGUGCGCGCAUGUUGGGACGGCGAGUCCCGGAUCACGCGAGGCCUCCUGGACUCUCUGCCCCAGACACGUGCCUUCCUCCAGGAAGUCUGGCGGAUGACUCCACCGGUGCAGGUGAUG